AUGAGAAGGAGAGGGCCAAAGAGAGGGCUAUUCAAGGAGAAGACAAUUCUAGUUUACUUCAUUCUAAUCCCUAUCCUCACACUUGGCUUCAUAAUAUUCUUGUACAAUAGAGAGCUAGCUGAAACAACAGUGAUGAAGGCAUCAAUGAAGCUUACACAGGAGAUGGCCAAGUAUCCUGUGUUCCAGACACAGGAAAUCACUGAGGGGCUCAAGUAUAGUGCCAAAGUGGUCAAACAAGGUGCUGCUAUUAGAGUCAGAAAUAUAGAAGAGGAGCUCUCUGUUGAAUUCAAAUAUUCACCCAACUGGGUCAAUGUGCAAAUUAAACCCACUCAGACAAGUCUUUUUGAGAUUCCUAAUGAGCAUGUAUACAAUAAUUAUGGAGAAUCUUAUGUAUUUCAUAAGUCUGAGCCUGGAGAUCUAAUAUUCUUCCCAUCACAAUCAAAGUUCAGCAAAGGAACUGACAGAUUAGAUUUGAGUGGUCUGGAGGGCACUCUUGAGCAGGUCACCAACUCUGAUGAACUCAGUCUAAGCCAGUCCACCUUCAACAUCAAAAUUAAGCGAAAGUCAGAUGAUGAGGUCCUAUUUGAUACAGCUCAGGAGCUUAAAUCAGAGACUUUCUUCUGUCUCGGAGAUCUUAAGAGCAAAUUCAAUCAAAUUUCGAUAAAGAAGGAUGAAAAUGAAGUCCUUUUUGGCAUUGAAAAAGGGAGGACGACCAUUAAUCAACCAGAAGAGCAAACCAAAGGACAAAGUUACACUGCAAACAAUUGGUACCAGCACCACCCAUUCUACGUGAAGGUGAAUAAAUUGACUGGGAAAGCCAGUGGAUUUUACAUCCAUUCAUCAAGCCCAAUGGAUUUCUUUGUCAGGGAUACAUACAUCACUGUCAGGAGCAUCUCAGGUAUCUUAGACCUCUACAUCUUCGAGGGUCCCACAGUCAAGGAUGUGAUCCAGCAGUACCAUGAUUUGCUUGGAAAGCCAAUUUUCUUACCGAUAAUGGCCUUCGGGUUACAUCAGAGCAGGCCUGGGUACAACUCAGUUGAUUACUUGAAAAGCAUCGUUGAGAAUUACAACAAGAAUAAUUUCACACUAUCUGGGAUAUGGCAGGACUAUAAUUAUAUGGAGAAGAGGACUCCGUUCACAGUUAACUCAACUGAGUUCUCCUCUGAAGCUAUUGAAAGCAUCAACGAGCUCAAGGAGAAGUACAAGUUCAAAUACAUCCCUGUGAUCGAAGAAGGGAUCAAAGCUAUGGACUAUACUCCUUUUGACGAAGGCAAACGCAUGGAGGUUUUUGUGAAGGAAUCUGGCCAGGAUGAGUCACUCACAGUGACAAACCAAGCUGGAAAUUCCACUCUAAUUAACUUCUUCCACCCAAAUGCAAGUAUUUUCUGGGAAAAUAACCUUGAAAGACUGAGGAAGAAGCUUAAAUUUAAUGCAUUGUGGAUUAAUUAUGACCUUCCGAAGUCAACAGUAUUUAAAGAAUGUGGUGACCAGAAGGACAAGGAGAGACUUUCCGAGACUUAUAGCUAUAUCCCUGGAGAUGCUUAUUGCCAGUUCAACACAGAUGUAAUGAGCGGUUAUUUCCCUAAUAACUUCACUAGUGAAGAUCUAAGUACUGGGCUGAACCUGUAUCCUCUUUCAGGGAUUAUGCAAUCAAAGUAUACAUAUGAAUAUCUGAGGAACUAUAUGAAGAAGAGACCGCUGGUAGUUUCUAAACGAAGCUUUCCUGGAUCUGGCCAAUAUGCGGGAACUUGGAUCGGAGAUAAUAAGGCCUCUUGGAAAGCCCUUCGGAUGUCAAUCCCUGCAAUCAUGACCUACCAUAUGUACGGCAUCCCCUUUGUGGGAUUAAGUAUCCAGGCUUUCUUUAUUUUGUCAGAUUCCUCAUACAUUUGUGAGUAUAGUUCAGGCACUUCGGAGGAGUUAUGCAUCCGGUUGCAUCAGCUUGCCUCCUUUAUGCCAUUGACAUGGAACCAUAAUUCAAAGAUAACAGUGUCUUUGGAGAACACAACUGCUACUGAUUUUGCGAAGGAGAGUGCUCAGAAUGCUCUUCGUCUUAAGGAAGAGCUUAUUUUGUUCCAUUACUCUCUUCUCCUGAAAUGCAUUGUUGGAAUCAAGGGACAAGAAAGCAAGAGUGAAUGUGCAUAUAUUACUCCGUUAGGAUACCACUACAGUCCAUCGAAGAACGAGUCAAUUGAUAUUUAUGACAUCAAGGACCAGUUCAUGUUCGGGAAUGCUCUGCUGGUCAACCCAGUAGUAAACAAUGAUGAAAAGCAAAAGAAGAUCUAUUUCCCUGAAGAUACUUUUUAUGAUUUUUAUACAGGCAAAUUAGUCGAGGAAAGAGACGCAGAGGUAUUAGUGCCAGUUGUCAUCGAGCACAUCCCAGUUUAUUUCAGAGGCGGUCAUACUAUUCCGAUGGUUCAGCUCCAUAACAACUCAAAUAUUGACUUACACAUUGCUUUGAAGAAAUCUGUAGAAGCUUCAGGAAGAACUGUGUACAGAAGUAGUGGGGUGUACAUCCUUGACGAUGGCGAGUCCUUACACAGCUAUAUCUCAUCAAUGAUGUACUACAUAUCUAUAAAAGUGACGUAUGCUCCUCCAGAUUCCAUGGUGGUUAAGAUUGUGCCCCAUAAGCCAAAGUCAGGGACUAGCCAGUACUUGUACUUGACUAAGUACAAAACUAUUUCGAAUUUGUUCCUGUAUGGUUACGAAUUCUUGAUCGGCCAAGAGCCCCAGAUUACUGUCAUCUUUGAAGGUGACAAAGGAGUUGUAAAUACAAAGACACUCAGUGAGCUCCAGAAGAGCAAUGACAAGACCAAGGUAGUCAACGUGGAUAUUUCCAUUUAAAAAUAAAGAAUUUUGCAGGUAUCAA